AUGUCUCAUUCGCCUGAUUUGGGUAGAGUAAACCCACAGCCGUUGUUGCAGCAUUCGCUGGAACAUUCUCAAUACGCAUUUCCACCUCCCAUUCAGCCAUAUUCACAGACUUACUCUCAAACUUAUUCCGCUCCUCUAAAGCCCGACGGACUUCGCUCUACUUUUCUACCUUUUGAAUCAUCAUACUCUGCAUCGAACGUAGCCGUUAACGACAGAUUGAGUUCUGUUUCCUUUAUUAAUACGAUAUAUCAGAAAAAAAAGUUGCAUGAACCGCCAAACUACGAGUUUACACAAGCUGGCAACGGUCAGUUUCUAGCAACAUUAAAUUUCUUCGGCAAGACCUUUCAAAGCAUCGUACCUAGGCCGAAGAAACAAGAUGCGAAGGAAGAAGUAGCCCGUAUAGCCGUCGGCAAAUUACAACAAAUGGAACCACGCCUGGUUGAGGAAAUUCAAAGGGAGUUGGAACGAUCAAAUAAAACUGCAAAACCACAGAGACGUAUGGAGACUAGCACGCUAAAAUGUGAAACUUGGCUGAAGAAACAAGAUAAAAACAAACGACCGUGCGUUUCACUUCUCGAGUUCUGUCAAACUUUUAAAUUUGGGACCCCGGUAUACAAACAAUCACACGAUUUCCAAGGCAAUUACAUCUUUGAAGUAGAAGUAGGAAGCAAACGAUUCAAAAGUACUCACGCAAUGUUUAGUAAAAAGGAGGCACAAGAUCUUGUGGCGAAAGUGGCACUUGAUGCUUUAUUCCAGGAACAACAAAAAAAGGAGCACGACGAACAAGAGAUGUUUAAAAUACCUAAAUAUUCUCCGGGACUCGCGGGCCGAGACGUCUUCAGUUCAUAUUAUGCUGAAGAUGAAAAAUUCUACGACCAUAGCGGUCGGCAAUCUUGUUCUUACGCUGGUACAGAAAAUGUCGAACCAGCUUUUCCUACAGUUUCUGGCACCUCAAUUCCUGGAUGUGCUCCGAUAGGACAAUUAUUUGGUCAACCGGUCGAGCGCGAGUCCACAACUACAAGUUCAUCAUACUAUUCCGUGCCUAUCGGUGUACCGAUGGAGAAUGCCAGAAAUGAUGACCGUGUUCCGUUUCCACCUAGCUUAACGACCAGCGGUCUUGGCCCUCCCCCAAGGAGUGAAAUAGUGGAGCCCAUGACACCAAAUAUGUACAUGCCUCAUAUGCCAACACAACAUCCGCCGACAUCUUCAACACACAAUAUGCCGCAAGUUUUUAUGUCGUCGCCGAGUCAGAAUUCAUAUUACAUGCAAUCACCUUUCGGCACAGCUUCUCGAAGCUCAAUGUAUAAUUCUUCAUACACAUAUUCUAAUACACCGAAGAAAAGAUACGUUAGUCUUCUAUAUGAGGCUGCGCAAGCACGCAAGUGGGAAGCGCCCAAUUUCACCAUGCAUAGUACUUCAGCCGGUGGUUUUCUUGGCGAGGUGCGAUUCAUGGGACAUAUAUUUUGUGGGAGAACCGCAUUUCCUAAGAAAGCAGAAGCUAAGGAGAACGUAUCCGAACUUGCAUAUAAAUUCUAUGUUGACAAUCUUAAUAAGCAAAUGAUGUAA